AAAUAGGUUCGGAACACCGUUAGUAGCACAUAAUUCAAAUUGACGAUAUCCUUUCGAGUUUCCCUCCCUCCGUUGAAUCGCGACAGACACCGAAUGGAAGGUACCGCCGUCUACCCCGACUCCGAUUUACACCCUCCCGGCGCCAUUUCUGAAACUGGAGGUCAGAAAACGAAAAGAGGAUUAUUUUUGAAGGGAGAUUCUGUUUCUGUCGGUGUCGGAGCUGCUCCGAAGAAAAUUCUGGCUGACAUAACCAACAUGGACCAACAACUACAGCCAAAGCACCAACCUACAACUGAUGUCUCUAUUGACCUGAUUCUCAAGGAAAACGCGACGAUGAGGAAGCUCCUAGUUCAGAGAAAUAAGCUAAUAGAAUCAUAUAAAGUAGAGUAUCAAAAGUAUCAAACCAAUUUUCAGAAACUUCGGAGGCAAAAUUCAGAAUUUGCACUUGCAAAUACUCAAAUGACGCGGGAGAUUAAUUCAAGUAGACAGAUGGUGAGAGAACUUCAACAGGAAUUAGUAAUGAAAAAUGUUACGCUCGAUACAUUGAGAUUAAAAUUGAUGGAAAAUGAUCACAAAGGAAAACUGAAUAUUGACAUUGAUGCAGAUGAGUCAGAUCUAAAGUUUCGAGAGGAUAACAAGGGGAAAGCGAAAAGGAAGAGAGUAUCCAGAUGUCAAUCUUCUGCACCUGAUGUUGUUAAACAAGUCAAAUCUAUAGAAAAGGUUGAUACUCAGAGGGAUUCUGCAAGGCGAAAAUCUGCAGGGUUGAAAGCUGGAAAAUUAGGAUCAACAGAAGACUCACAUGAAACAAAAUAUGAUGCCUCGCAACCACUAGAAAAUCUGGCAAACGAGAAUGAAUCAACAUCAUUAGGAUCCAAUGAUGUAGUGAGACAAGAUACUGAAUCCUUGGGACCUACUAACACUCAACAAGUUCUUGCCAAAAGGAAUACUGAAAAUAAGAGGCAUAGUUCGAGAAGGCAAUCUGCUCUGUUCAAACAUGUGAAUCCAGAACCAGCUGAAGACUUCUUUGAUAUAGACGAUCCAAAAUUUGAAGUCUCCAAUUUAUGUGAUAACUUGUCUGAAAGUCUUCCUACAGUAUCAAGCCGCACUUCAGAAAACUGUCCACUUGAUCCUCAUGAAAGAAGAUCAUCUAUUGGCCGGCCUUCGCGUCGAUCAGCUCUGAAGGUUGUUUCCUACAAGGAGGCUCCAAUUAAUGUGAAGAUGCGUAGAGAUAAUUGAGUCAGUUUCCUAUAAAGUUUUGACUGUAAUGUCAAUUGUAGAGAAGAAUGAAAUGGAAAUCCAAAAAGCCUGAUGAUGUGACCUACUUCCCUGAUGCUACAGUGCAUGCUGGUAGGGAAUAUUUUGAUUUGUUGAAUAGCUUAUUGUUUAGGACUCUGCAUAUUUGAAACUGAUGUUUUAUUAUAGGCAAUUUUAUAUGAUAAUAUUUGACCCA